GCCCUCUUGCUCUUCAGCCGACUAAAACCCUCCUUUUCUUUCUUCAUUUAUUUUCCAUAAACCCUUUCUUCUCCCAUUUCCCAGUCUUCUGCUGGCUCCUUGCUUCAUAACAUAGUCCUUUUAUAUUCAUCCAGCUUCCCAGCAACCCAAAAAAGUUUACCUCUAAAUAUUUAUUAAAUGCAAUUGUAUCUCCAAACUCCAACCUCAAAUUUCCAUGCCUUUUAGUUUAUCUCCUGCACUUACUUAUUCAUGUAGACUUUGCAGAAAAUUCCGUUUUUUAGCCAGUUUCUCCACUUCAUGUGCUCUAAGUACAGUAGAUUGCUUCAAAGAAGUUGACAGCCAUGUUUCCGAUUAUCCCGAAUUGCAGCGCAGCAUGUGGGGUUAUGCUAUCUCAGGUGACUUUAACAGUGCCCUUUGUACUCUUAAUUUGAUGAAAAUAUUUGAUGGGAAGCCCACCGUGUAUGAUUGUAACGCUUUGUUGUACUUUUACUUGAAGUCUAACAACGCUUGUUGGCAAGAGUUGGUUGAAAUAUAUAUGGGGAUGAAGAGGUUUGGGCCUCGACCUAAUGCGUCCACUUUUAAUACUCUUCUUCGUGGAAUGUCGGUUCUUGGUAAUUUAGAACAUGCGGUUUUUAUUGUUGAAGAGAUGUGUAGGAGCGAUUUUGUGCCAUCGUUUACUUCUUUAUCGAAAACCUUGAAAAUGGCGAUCAAGGUAGGGAAUUUAGUCCAUGGUGUUACUGUUUUUGAGCUUAUGUUGAGGUAUGAUUAUCACCCGUCGGAACCGACUUUGAAUAAAUUUAUUUCGAUGCUUUGUCAAGUUGGGAUGGUUUCCAAGGCUUGGUUCGUGUUAUCUCUUCUUUUGAGAAAGGGUUGUGUUUAUAAUGUGUUUUGUUACAACCAGAUUCUGUGGGCUUUAUGCAAGUCCGGUCAAAGUUGUGUUGCUUUGCAAUUGUUUUGUUGGCUGAAGAAGAAAGGGUUUGUUCAUAGUGUGUGUUCGUAUACCGCUUUGAUUUAUGGAUUUUGUCGAGAGGGCCUGCAGGAUGAUGUUUUCCAAUGGCUGGAUUUGAUGCAAAGUGAUGGGUGUAAGCCUAAUGUGAUUACGCACACGAUAAUUGUCAAGUUUCUUUUUGAUAAUGGGAAAUUUGAGGAAGCUAUGGACUAUGUUGGUAAGAUGGAAAGGGAAGGAUGUCAAUCUGAUCUGCUUACUUAUAAUGUCAUCCUUCGUGAGCUUUGUCGUAGACACAGUCUGGAUGUCAUAUCUAAGUUCAUUCAGGUGAUGGUUCAAAAAGGUCUUUACCUGGAUUCGUACUCUUAUGCUGCAUUGUGUGGAGGCCUACUAAAAAUAGGAAAAACAGUGUUCGCAUGUGAACUAUUGCAGGAUAUAUUUUCCAGUGGAUGUACUGUAGAUGUUGCUCUUUAUAAUAUUUACUUACGAUGUUUAUGUCGACAGAAUAAAUCAAGAGAAGCAUUAUCUCUGUUGAAGAGCAUGAUGGAGGCUGGCUUUAAACCAAACAAUGCGUCUUAUAAUACAAUCUUGAGUGGUUUUUGUACAGAAAAAAAUCUUAAAGAAGCUUUUGAGCUCUUGUACCAUUUUGAGUGGGAUGUAAAUUGGCCCGAUGCAGUUUCAUUCAAUGCAAUUUUGUGUACUGCCUGCAGGCUAGGAAACUCUACAAUAAUCCAAAGGAUCUUAUACCAUAUGAGGUAUGAAAACUUAAAGCUUAAUGUUUUAAGUUCGACGUGUUUGGUCCAAUAUGUCUGCAGAAGUGGAAACUUUUCUGAGUGUUUGAAGUUAGUGGAGUACAUGAUGCCUUGCAGUCCUACUCCAACCGUAGUCACCAUCAAUAUGCUGCUUCAUAACCUUUGUAAGAAUCAGUUACUUGGAAUUGCAUAUCGGAUUUUCCAGAGCGUAAGAAACACCGAGGUCCUUCCUGACAUGACUUCAUACAACAUUCUUAUCCAUGCUUCCCUGAGAGAGCACAAUCACCUUUUGGUUGGUCAAUUGUUAGGGGAAAUGAGAAGACAGAAACUGAAACCUGAUGUUUUUACCUAUGGUUCAUUAAUUAAUGGCCUCUGUAAAGAAGGGAAGAUAUCAGCUGCUCUCCAAAUGUGGAACCAAAUGCUACUGAGGGGUGUUGUUCCUAGUGUUGCAAUUUUCAAUACCCUAUUGCAUGCAAUGUUUUGGAGAGGCAUGUUUUGGGAAAUCCUCUCGUUACUUAAAGUCAUGGUAGUAGAAGGGUUUCAACCUGAUGAUGUAACUCUACGGAUCCUUAACCAAGCAGUUUUGAAUGGUUCGGUGAAUAAAUUUCCUAAAGCUGCUAAAGUUCUAGAGUGGAUGAUAUGUAAUGACAUUCAGAAAGAAACGGAUCAAAGGGCAGUUGCUGGCUGAUCUAUUUUGUGCUUUGAAGUUUAUUGUCAAAUGAUUGCUUUAAGCAUUUAAUUAUGGCUCGCUCGGUACCUUCUAAAAAUGUUUAAGAAGAUGAUUCAAGUAUGAAUCAGAGGAUUGGGAAAAUCCUUGCUUUCAGGGACAUCUAUUUUCUUGCAUCCAGAGCAUCUCGUGUCAAACAUCUUGAAUGUGCGGUAGGUAAUGUGUGUUUAUUCCCCUCUAUCUCUCUCUAAUUCUUUUCUUUUGGCAUCACCCCUUACUGUAAUAUUUACCCGAGGAACUCUUAACUAACAUGAUUUUUUCUUAUUGGUAGACGAUAGCAGAACAGUGGCCUUAUUCUUAUGCAUCAUUCUGCAACUUAAACGAUGAAUUGCUUUGAACUUCAAUUGUCUCUUGUUUAUGCUGUCUAGAUGUGUAGUCAAAUAAUUUGCUUCAAAUUCAUUAGAAAACAUUUCUUUCGGUAUCUUUUUUUAUUCUAGUAGGAUUCGUAGCUAUGAAUAUGAACCUGAUUCUACUUUCUAGUAUCCUCUUUUACUGGAAUAUGAUUUUGGUUUUAACGAGGUUAUGAUGAUAAACAGUUUGUGGCAUGAAACUGCAUAAGCACGAUCACUGAUUCAAAUUCAGGGUCAGAUCAGGGAUUGAAUCGGACCAGCUUCGUGUUGAAACUAUAUGUAGUGGUGUGGACAGUACGGGUAUGGUACUGACCACCAUGGUAUAUAAGUCAGAAUCAGCUUUGCAAAAAGGUAAGCUGGAAUUCGAUGGCAAUUAAAAGGGAAAAUGUGUUCGGUUACAAGUAUAAUCUUUCGAUCUUGUCUAGGAAUGACAAUGGAGUGAUCUAUCCGAGGAUCGGAAUGAUGGGAUCAAACUUGGAUUGAUGUCAACAUGUGGUUCAA